AUGUCUUUCCCAAAGUUGCUCGAAUUCUGGAUUCGAUGCUCAAAAUUGGUGGAUCCUAAAAAUCAGUUGUUGGUGCAAUAUUUGGAUUCGAUUGAGUCUUCUAAUCCAACUGGGGUUAUUCCACCAAAAGUUUCUCACAAAAGGGUAGAAGGAAAAUCAAAAGGGUCUAAGGCUCUGAAGAAAAAGAAACAAGUAGAACAACCACAAGUAAUGGAGGAGGAAUGUGUUAAAGAAACCAUAGCAAUGAAAACUGGGGUUCUUAAAUGUACUAAGAAACCUACUAAGAAACCUUCUGAUUCUCCCAUCAAGACAUAUGCUCAAGAGCAAGUUGUCGAAAGUGUUGAACCCAAUGUUUUCGAACCCGCAAAUCCUGUUUCUUCUGAGGGUGGUCCAAAGAAGGUUAAACAGUUACAAUUUACCAGGAGGGGAGUUCUUGUUCAUAAAGUUUUGUAUCCAAGAUCCCCAUCCUCAAAGAAACAUCGAGCUUUAGAUGUGGAUCAACAGUUAAAACUUAGUGUUCUACGUGAGAACGUAACUGUCAAGGACGAGAAUAAUAGUGAUAGCGCUAGGUCGGACAUUCGAAUCGAGGAUUAUUUUAUUGGUUCACCACAAAAGGAUACCCAUAUCAAGUCGACUUUCGAGGAGGUGUCCCCGUAA